AUGUCGGGAAAAAUCUCGUGGCUCAUGCCCGAGCAGAUGGGUCCUGCCUCGGACCUAUAUCAAAACUUCGCCGAGUCACUCGAUAAGGAGCAAGCAGAGAACGAAGCCGAACAGAUCCGAUUCAACUUGAUGAAUGGUGCAAUCCCUCCUACUCCCUUUCAACUUCAACAAGCGCUAAUGCAAACAGCUGCUCAGCAAAAACGUCCUCCUCCUCCACGCUACGACCCGCCUAUACCAGAAGAAAUGAAAAAGGAAAAGCUCAGUGUGCUGAUGCAGGUGAAGGGAAUUGAAGAAAUGAGUCCGAUCGCCUUGAUACGCGCUGAAAAUCCAGCUUCAGUCGAGAGCAUCGAUUUUCUAAAAUACAAGGUUUAUCGUUCCCGAAAUCACGCCCCCUGGAUCACUUCGCCGCUAAGCCAGGGGAUGCAAGGACUCCACGAAGAAAUAAUCGACUUUCACAACUGGAUCAGAUCGACGCCGGAAGAGUACACGAUGCGGCACGACGUGGUACUCCGGGUGGAAGAGGCGAUUAAGCAGGAAUUCCCGGGAGCACAGGUGGAAGUCUUUGGCUCGUUUCAGACAGGAUUGUACCUGCCUACUUCGGACAUCGACAUGGUCGUUCUUGGCGAAAAGAUCGACCAGCGCUACGGGAACCCACAGAACAGUCCUCACUACAGGCUACAGGACCGGCUCCUGAAACAAGGCAUUGCCGAGCGAUACAAUAUAAAGGUUAUCGACAGCGCGGCCGUGCCAAUUAUCAAAAUGCGAGAUAUGAUCACGGACAUCAAGGUCGACAUUUCUUUCAACAUGAAGACUGGUGUCACCGCUAUCGGCCUUGUCAAGGGCUACAUCAGACAAUUCCCCGCUCUUCGAUACCUCGUUCUUGUCUUGAAGCAGUUCCUGUUGCAGCGAGAUAUGAAUGAAGUCUGGACAGGUGGCAUCUCUUCUUACGGCUUGAUUCUGAUGGUCGUUUCGUUUCUCCAGCAACAGGGCGCAGACGACACAGCUGACGAAGUAAAUCUAGGAGUGCUGCUCAUCAAGUUCUUGCGCUUCUACGGAAUGGAGUUUGAGUACAGCAAAUGCUGCAUUCGCGUCAAGAAUGGCGGUCAGUUCAUCAAGAAGGAAGAAAUGGCGGCUCAGAUGAAAGAAGCUCCCUCUGGUCCAAAAUACGUUCCAAACUUUCUUUCCAUCGAAGAUCCUCUAACGCCUUCGAAUGAUGUCGGCCGGGCUUCUCAUGGCGCUGAGAACGUUAAAGACGCCUUUCUCUUUGCCUACCGCCUGCUUGACCGAGGUGUGAGCCCACAAGCGCUUCAUUACCCGCAUGACUGUAAUCAAUCGAUCCUUGGACGAAUAAUUCUCAUCACAGAUGAAGUCUACGCAUAUCGAAACUGGGUAAUGCGCCACUGGAAGCACCAAGUGCCUCGACUUCAGCCUCCACCGCCGCCACCAGCGCCGGAACCAGUCCAACCAGUCGUUGUUGUGAAACAAGUUCCAGCCAAGCCACACCAAGGUUCGCAAGGAGGUACUGAUCCCUCUGAUGAUUCCGCUGAUGAAGCAAGUCAGAAAACCGGUGGUUAUGGCCCGCUUACCGUUGCUGUCUCGAACAAUAAUCGACAAGUUAUCAGAACAAAGAACUCGGAGCCUAAAAUUCCUGCGAAUGGCGAUUCCCGUCACGUGGUUAACUCACACAACAGCAUCAAUGUUCCUGGUCAAAUGCCACUUUAUGAGCCUCCAAUGCACAACGCAUACAAUAAUGCUCCUUACCACCACAAUGCGCCAGAGAACACGAUGCUCCAGGACUACUCAAGCGAAGAUGCUGGCAGCGAAACCGAUGAGGAUGAUGACGAUGAUGUGAGAAGCAGGGACAAUGGCGAUAUCGACGCUGAUGAUGACUCGAAUAACGAGUAUGAUCGUGGAUACAAUGAUUAUCCAGAAAGUAACUCGAGAAAGAAAGGUGGUCGAAAGUCGGACAGUCUCAUGCCUUCCAGAGAGUCGAGAAAGUACAACGAUAAUGACAAUGGUCGAAGAGUCCGAACUAACUCAAUCAACGUCAACCCAAUGGAUGCAAUCACAUCGAAUCCAGGCCCGAGCAAUAGUCGACCAAACCGAAGCAGUCAGUCAGACAACUCGACCCACGAGCGCUCUGACGACCACUCCUCGAUGCCAAACGCUUCUAAGUCGCCAAAUGCUAAUCCAAGUCCUAGCAAAAGAAUCAAUUUCAAGAGCAGACUCAUUUCAAAUGCACUUCAGCCUCUUGGUGUAAAGAACACUCCUGGAGAGAGAAAUCGAAAGUCUGAACAAGGACCGAAAGGAGACACUGCUCGAAAUAAUCAAUCAAAUUCCGAAAGCCAAGGAUACAACACUGGCCACUCAAGAACUGGCUCCGGAGUAUCUUCAGGCGGCCGAUGGGAGCACAACAGAAAGAAUGGACGCAAAAAUGACAACAACUCGUACCGCCACGAUAGAAAUUACGACGAUCGACUCAUUCACAUGCCUCCAUAUGGAAAUAUGGUCAGCAGUGGCAUGCAUCAUCGCAAUGACCGUGGCUUCAAUAACCGUGGCUCCGCCCGUGGACCUGCCCGUGGAGGCGCGGCAAUGGACGACCCUUACUCCUACCGCACAGGCUCGAAUCAGAUGGACCAUCCACAGGAUCACCGACCACGUGGCGAUCGUGACCGCUACGGUGGUGGUGGCCGCUCUGGUGGCGGUCUGGCCUCUGAUAGCACGCGGUACAGAUUCAAAUUUUCAGAUAACCCGAACAGUCCGAGUCACAGUUCGAACACCCGAAAACCAGGAAACGGAAGACGCGAUGGUGAACGAGACUUGUAUCAGCCAAGGAAAUCGAAUGACAACUACUCGAAUGAUAGACAUCGGGAACAAGAACGCUUCGACCAAGGAUCGUACAAUGACCGAGACGGUCGAAGAUCGAUGGAUCAGGGCAACAGGCGCCCCUACUGA